AUGGCUUUCUCUCUCUCCGCCGCUUCUCACUCACUCUCUUCCUCCACCAGAGUCUCUCUUCCCUCCGCCGUCUCCUCCUCUUCCCCUCCUCUCGUUGCUCUUUCUUCUUCCUCUUCAUCACCACAUUCUCUAUCUUCUCUCCGAACAAUCUCAUCUUCCUCUCUAUUUCCUCAUUCCUCCUUUGUUCAGAGAAAGCAUCCGAACAAGAGUAGGGUGAUUUCACCCAAAUGUGCCGCUUCUGAUGCAGCUCAAUUGAAAAACGCUAAAGAAGAUAUCAAAGUGCUUCUUCGCACAAAGUUUUGCCAUCCAAUUUUCGUUAGGUUAGGAUGGCACGAUGCAGGUACGUAUAACAAGAACAUAGAGGAAUGGCCACAGAGAGGUGGAGCUAAUGGAAGUCUUAGGUUUGAAGCUGAGCUUAAACAUGCUGCAAAUGCUGGUCUCAUUAGUGCUUUAAAGCUCGUUCAACCGAUCAAAGACAAGUAUUCUAACAUCUCUUACGCGGACUUAUUCCAGUUAGCUAGUGCCACUGCAAUAGAGGAGGCUGGUGGUCCUGAAAUCCCGAUGAAAUAUGGGAGAGUUGAUGUUUUAUCACCUGACCAGUGUCCAGAAGAAGGAAGACUCCCUGAUGCUGGACCCCCUUCACCAGCUGAUCAUUUGAGAGAGGUAUUCUACAGAAUGGGACUAGAUGAUAAGGAAAUAGUUGCUUUAUCUGGUGCACAUACCCUAGGAAGAGCCAGACCAGAACGUAGCGGUUGGGGCAAACCUGAGACAAAGUACACGAAAACUGGACCUGGAGAACCAGGAGGACAGUCCUGGACAGUGAAGUGGCUUAAGUUCGACAAUUCCUACUUCAAGGAUAUCAAAGAAAAGAGGGACGAAGAUCUAUUGAUGUUACCCACUGACGCUGCUCUAUUCGAAGAUCCUUCAUUCAAGAACUAUGCAGAGAAAUAUGCUGAAGAUCCGGCUGCAUUCUUCAAGGAUUACGCUGAAGCUCAUGCCAAGCUCAGCAAUCUCGGUGCGAAAUUUGAUCCUCCCGAGGGCAUUAUCAUUGACAAUGACACUACACAAGGAUCUCCAGAGAAGUUUGUAGCUGCUAAAUAUUCCACUGGAAAGAAGGAGCUUUCGGAUUCGAUGAAGAAGAAGAUAAGAGCAGAGUAUGAGGCAAUCGGAGGAAGUCCAGAUAAGCCAUUACCAACUAAUUACUUCCUCAACAUCAUAAUCGCCAUUGGCGUUUUGGCUCUCUUGUCCUUUUUCUUUGGUAAUAACAACAACUCCGAUUUCUCUGGUUUCUAA